AUGAGCGCCGCAACCGUGACGAAUAUGUCAUUCUGGGUGUACCCGGCCGAGCACGAUGAUGAAAGGUACAGGCUAUAUAUUAACCGGCUUGUUUUCAUUGACACAGCGGAGGAAACAGGACAGUGGCUAGCGCGUGCAAAGAAGCAGUGGGGAUCUGAUCAGCCUAUUGGCGUGCGUGUGAUGAAUGAGGCGGAGCACCUAGGCACCACCACACUCAAGCCGAUCGGAACCAAUGGUGGGUGGACGGGCAUCAGCUGGGGCGGUAGCAAGGACGGCAAGCAUCACACGGCUGUCUUUGACAUUCCCAACCAUCAGGGACCGAUGCUUCUGUUGGAGGUCGUGGGGGGAGAUAACACACGAGCGUCAUACGGGGUAGGAAUGCUUAACAGUGCCGCGAUGAUGACAGAGCGGCGACAAUAUGCCAAGUACUGCGUACAUUUGUUUCCGACACAGACUACAAUCGACUCCGAGACGGUGUACGCCAUGAUCGAGGCGGAAAUACGGAGCAGCACAUGGGAUGGGCACCCUGAGGAUGGUUUCGCACCACUGGAGUACAACUUUGGAUCGGUGCGUGCGUCGACACUUGACUUCUACUUCCCGUCGUUCAUGCUCACUGGCGACGGGGAUUAUAUCGUUUCCAACGUGAUUUGUGCAAUGAAUAUGACAGAGAACAGCGCCCUUGCUAUGCAGUUAGUACCUGUACAGGAUGCACGCGACUACAUCUCAGUGGAACCGGCUCACGUUAUUACGGUAAAUCCCCAACAACGUGUGUAUUUUAGCGCUACGUGGAACAUGUCAGAGCGGGCAUGCAUGAAAAAAUUGCAGGUGCAGCUCGUCGUUAACGGCUCACAGCCUCCCUCUGCACCUAUCAUGAUAGUUGUACAUAACUCCCCACCACAACCCAAAACAACAGACACGCCGUAUCACUAUUGGCUCAAUUCAACGUGCGCCACAAACAGGCAAUUCUCCUUUUCCCAGGAGUUCCCAUUGGUGGUUGCCCUUUUACCUGUCUUCCGCUUCGUUGCGAAUGGGCGUGCGGCUGGCCUAGGUUCGGAGGGCGUCAUUGUCGCGCUUGACAAGGAUAAGGGGGAGAAUGUGCUGGUGCGUGCAGACGGCGUUCCCAUUAUCACUGCACUGAGCGCAGCGGCAGCAGCACCACCACCCGCGUCAGCGUCGUGGAUGGACCCCAACCUUAAGAGCCUCGCCCUCGCGCAGUCCAGUAGUGGAUCGCGGCAGCUCUCAGCUUCUGGCCGAUGCUUCGCCUUCGACGGUCCUAUUCUGAAUCUCUCACAGAAGACGUGUCAAUGCGUGAUCAACCUCGGCACUAUUCGCGGGUUGCCGAUGGUGUACGAGGUGCUGACGGGCGUUUCACCGUCGUUUCAGGUGAGCAUCACGCUGCUGGAUCAGCAGGGCUGGCAGGUGGUGACAGGCGAGACAAAGCCCAGCUACCAGAGUGUCAGCGGUACCUUGCGGUGGGACGAUCAGCUCGUACUGCGGAAGUGGCCUGGUGCCGGUGCCACGCAGUUUUUGCGACUUAAUCUUACAGAGGUACGGCCGCAUGACGGCGACGAGACGCCUAUUGGCGCCGCGCUGCUGUCCCUCCACCACCUCGAUCGUACACGCCCGCAGGUGGGUAUCCAGCUUGCAUUCCACGUAUACGAGACGUACUCCUUGUAUGAUGCCAUGUAUACCUCGAGCCUCUUGAUGACAGAUGCGUACAUCACAUUUUCGGAGCUCCCUCUCGAAGUGUAG